UACAGCCUGGGGGAAAGGUCGAGCCAGUUUAUCAUGGGCCAUCUGGACACCCCCUUUGGCCUGCUGAGUUUUGGCAUUGCCAAUCAGAAUGGCUAUGGGGCAAUGGCCCUCUGCCAAAGUGCCUCUCAACUCCCUCCCAAACCUUCCUGCAGUUCCAUGCAAUGCCGGAAGAAGGAAGCCUGCCAGAUCAUCAAUGACCACCCAGUUUGCGUUGCCCAGUCCAGUGUCUUCUGCUGGGCCCUGGGUGACCCUCAUUACCGGACUUUUGACAAGCGGAGGUACAACUUCAUGGGCACCUGCACCUACACCUUGGCCAAGACCUCUGGAUCCGAUUCAACCCUCCCAGCUUUUCACAUUACGGUUAAAAACGAGAAUCGGGGCAGGCAAACAGUAUCCUAUGUUGGAUCGGUGACAGUCCAGGUUUAUGGGCAUCAUAUAAGUGUGGCCAGGAAUGAACGUGGCCUAGUCAGGGUGAAUAACCAGCGUUCCCGCCUGCCCAUCUCCCUCCAUGAUGGGAAACUGCGUCUCUACCAGAGUGGGAGGUUGGUUGUUAUUGAGACCGACUUCUCACUGAAGGUCUUCUAUGACUGGAACAGCUACCUGGUGGUGAAGAUCUCCAGUAGCUUCUUUGAGAACGUCCACGGCUUGUGUGGCAACUACAAUGGGGACCCCGCCGAUGACUUCAAAACCAUAAGUGGGUCCUUGGCCCUCAGCCCUGUGGAGUUUGGGCACAGCUGGAGGGUGGAAGAUGGUGAUAGCCUCUGCUGGGAUGACUGCCACGGAGAGUGCCAGACUGUGACCGUGGAGUUGCUCAUCAGAUACAAAGUUGAGCUUUUAUGUGGCUGGAUCAGCAAAAAAGAGGGCGGCCCAUUCAGCCAGUGCCACUCUGUCCUCGAUCCGGAGAUCUUUGUGGACAACUGUGCCUAUGACCUUUAUAUCUACAAGGGAUACAGACAGGCAUUGUGCCAAGCACUGGAGACCUACGCAGAUGCCUGCCAGAGAGAAGGUGUUGGCUUAUCUGACUGGAGGACAAUCACUGGCUGCCCUCUGUCCUGUCCGGAGAACAGUCACUACAAGCUCUGCGGCUCUGCGUGUCCCGCCACCUGCAACGACCAAGCUGCUCCCGCCAUCUGUUCCUCGUUGCCUUGCGUGGAGACCUGCCAGUGCGACGAGGGCUUUGUGUUGGAUGCCGGGAAAUGCAUCCCCCAGGCUGCCUGCGGGUGUGUUUUUGAAGGGAAACUCUUCUCCCCCAAGGAGGAGUUCUGGGGAGACGGCACGUGCACAAAGCGUUGCAUCUGUGAUCCCCAAACCAAGCGAGUGACCUGCCAGACAGUGAGUUGCAAGAGCGGGGAACAGUGCAAGGUCAAGAACGGUAUCCAGAACUGCUACCCAACUAGCUAUGGCACAUGUGCUGCCAUUGGCUACACCCACUAUCACACCUUUGAUGGCCAGAGUUUGAACUUCCAGGGCACCUGUCUCUACCAGUUUGUUGGACUGAGCGAGAAGAGCCAGGGGCUGGUAGAUUUCCAAGUCCUGGUGCAGAACAUUCACCGAGGCAGCUGGUCCCUGUCCCUUAACAAGCUGGUCAAGGUUCAAGUCUACGGGAUGGAGAUUAUCCUCAGCUGGGCGUAUCGGGGAAGAAUAAUGGUGAAUGGUUUGCUGACCCAUCUACCCUAUAGGCUGGGCUUGCAGCAGAUACUCGCCUACAGAAAGGGCUGGAAUAUGGUGAUGGAAACAGAUUUUGGUCUCACAAUCACUUUUGACUGGCAAAGCCAUCUCACAGUCACCGUACCCAGGACCUAUGCAGGGGCUCUCGGUGGCCUCUGUGGCAACUUCAAUGGCAACAAACAAGAUGACUUGACCCCCAAGGACGGUGGGGAAGCUCCAACUACCACAGCUUUGGGUCAGCGCUGGAGGGGGGCAGAAUCCCGGGGAUGCGGAGGAGUGAGCCUAAAGGUGUGUCCAGAUUUGGAAGCGGUUGCCCAGCGCCAGAGAGGCAUCAGCGCACAAUGUGGGCUCCUCGUGGACAAGAGCGGCCCGUUUAGGGAGUGCCAUGGCAAAAUUGACCCCGAGAUGUUUUUCCUUGAUUGUGUCUAUGACUUCUGCAUGUUCAAAGGUCAACAGGCUGCGCUGGGCCAUGUCAUUGCCGCCUACGCCAUGGCCUGUCAAACCAUCCGGGUCACCAUCUAUAUCUGGAGAAUCAACAUCUUCUGGAAGCCCGUCUGCCCCCAAAACAGCCACUAUGAACUCUGCGCCAGAAGCUGUCAACAGACCUGCGGCAGCCUCUAUUUGCCCCUCCCCUGCUCGGCACACUGCACGGAAGGCUGUGUCUGCGACCAGGGCUUUGUGCUGAGUGGCGACCGUUGUGUCCCCAUGUCUGAAUGCGGCUGCGUGUACCAGGACCAGUACUACUCGGCUGGGCAGACCUUCCAUCCGACCCGGAAGUGCGACCUGCAAUGCGUGUGCCAGGCUGGCGGCGCCGUCACCUGCAAGGAAUUCUCCUGUGGGGCCAACGAAGAGUGCAGGGAGGCCAAUGGCAUCCAGAAAUGUCACUCGGUCGGUUCAGCAUCUUGCUUGACCACUGGGGAUCAUCAUUAUACCACCUUCGACAAAUUGCACUUCAACUUCCAAGGCAACUGCACUUAUAUCCUCGCUAAGACCUGUAUCACAGACAAGACACACUUGACGCCCUUCACCGUCAAAGAGGAGAAUGAAGCCUGGGGGAGUGGGAAAGUCUCAGUCACCAAGAUGAUCUCUGUGGAGGUCUAUAACAAUACACUUACCCUUCUGCAGAAUACGAAGGGUCUCGUCAAGGUCAAUGGAGUGCUCCAACCGCUGCCCGUAGCCCUUUCCCACGGACGUCUCAGAGUCUACCAGCAUGGUGGCAGUGUUGUAAUACAAACUGAGUUUGGCCUUGUUGUGCGCUACAACUUGGUUUACCGUGCCAUGGUCUCCAUCCCAAGCAGCUACCAGGGUCAGAUGUGCGGCCUGUGCGGGAACUACAAUGGUCGGAAAGAUGAUGACUUGCUACUACCUAACAGCACUACAGUCUUUGGAGCUGCCUGGAAAGUGUCCAUCCCUGGGGCGCUUGGAUCCUGCUCAGAUGGAUGCUCUGGAAACACCUGCCCAGUCUGCGAUGACAGGAAGAAGGACAUCUUUAAGCUGCGCAAUUACUGCGGGCUGCUCACUGCAUCGGAUGGGCUCUUCAGUGCUUGCCACAGCAAAGUGGACCCCAGUUUGUAUCUCGAAGAUUGCAUCUAUGACCUGUGCCUGGGCAAUGGGGACAGCCAGGUCUUGUGCCAGAGCAUCGAGAGCUAUGUGUCUGCUUGUCUCGAGGGUGGGGUCUCUGUCCAGCCUUGGAGGAAUCAGUCCUUCUGCCCUCUGAGCUGCCCACCCAAUGGCCACUACGAGCUCUGUGCCGACACCUGUUCUACUGACUGUGCUGGCAUCACGGAGUCCCGAACGUGCCCCGAGACUUGCUCGGAGGGCUGCCAGUGCGAUGAUGGAUUCUUCUUCGAUGGUCUUGGCUGCGUCACUGUGGAGAGCUGCGGAUGCUUCGCCAAUGGACGCUAUUAUAAGCCCAACGAGACAGUCCUGCUGAAUGAAUGCCAGCAAGUGUGCAGCUGCAUCCCUGGCCAGGGGGUCAUCUGCAAUUCCCACAGCUGCGGCAAUAAUGAAACCUGCGAAAUCCAGGAUGGGAUCAUGACCUGCAUCAAUCGAGAUCCUUGCAAAUCAUUAAAGUGUCGGAUCAAGGAGACCUGCAAGCUAGAGAACGGCCGGGCGAUGUGUGUCCCGCUCUACAACGGGAGCUGCUGGAGUUGGGGGGACCCGCACUACCAUACCUUCGACGGGCGGGAGAUCGAUUUCCAGGGCACCUGCACCUACACCCUUGCCAAGUACAGUGGCAAUGACUCCAUGCUGGAACCAUUCAGAGUGGAUGAGAAAAAUGAUAACCGAGGCAGCCAGGCCAUUUCCUUUGUGAAAAUAGUCAACAUCUAUGUGCGCGGACACAACAUCUCCAUCCACAGGAAGGAAGUUGGCAAAAUCCGGCUGAAUGGUGUCAUCACCAACCUGCCUGUGACUCUGGAUGAUGGGAAGACACAGAUCUUCCAGAGUGGUCUGCAAGCCAUACUCCAGACUGACUUUGGGCUGGUCGUUUCUUAUGACUGGAGCAUGAUGGUGGAGAUCACCCUGCCCAGCAGCUACUAUGGCACCAUCUGUGGCCUCUGUGGGAAUUUCAACCAAAACCCAGACGACGAUAUGGCGAUGCCCAAUGGCAAGCUGACUGCUUCCAUGGUGGAAUGGGGUGGAAGCUGGAAAGUGAAGGACCGGGACCCUUUCUGCUGGGACUUUUGCAAGGGGGACUGCCCGGUUUGUGAAGAGGAGCAACGCCGGCGCUUUGAGAGCGAGGAGUUCUGUGGGCUGGUCAGCAAAACAGACGGGGGUCCCUUCUGCGACUGCCACCCCCAGAUAAACCCUGAUGACUUCUUCGACAGCUGUGUCUAUGACGUCUGCCUCAAUGGUGGUGCCAAAAACAUGCUGUGCCAAGCUCUGAGUGCCUACGCUACCAACUGCCGCAAGGAGGGUGUGGUCAUCCAGGACUGGAGAGCUCAGAGUGGCUGUGCUUUGCCCUGCCCUGAAAACAGCCACUACGAGGCCUGUGGAAACGCCUGUCCAGCCAGCUGCGCAGACCGCUCGGCCCCUUCGAUGUGCAGCAUGCCCUGCUUGGAAACGUGCCAAUGCAAUGAUGGCUAUGUCCUCAGCGCCGAGAAGUGCGUCCCCGUGGGGAGCUGUGGCUGUACCCACAAUGGCCUCUACUACAAGCCUGGCGAGGAGUUCUGGGACGACGAGUACUGCAGCUCUCUCUGCAGGUGUGAUCCCACUCUGGGCAUGGCGGUGUGCCAGCCAGCGAGCUGCAAGCCCAGCGAGAAAUGCGCCAUGGUCGACGGUGUCCGGGGCUGUUGCCCCCGCAACCACGCCACUUGCUCGGUGACUGGAGACCAUCACUAUGCCACCUUUGACAGGCACAGAUACGAUUUUACGGGCACCUGCGUCUACCAGCUGGUUGGGCUGUGCUCCAGUGAUGCCAGUCUCACCCCGUUCACCAUCAAGAUCCAGAACAGCCAAGGCGGUACGACGGCACCGUUCUCUUCUGUAGUUACCCUGGAAGUCUAUAAUAGAACCAUCACCAUCAGCCAGGAGGAGCAGCCUCUCACCAUCCAGGUGGAUGGGAUAUUUGUGGAUCUGCCUUUCUACCAUGAAGAUAAGGUGAAGGCCUACAUCAGCGGAGCCCAUGUCCUCAUCACCACCAAGUUCGAUCUUACCGUGAUAUUUGGCUGGGACAGGCUAGUCCGGGUCACGAUUCCCAGUACCUAUUUCAACGCUGUUUGUGGCCUCUGUGGCAAUGUCAACGCGGAACCGGGUGAUGAUCUGACCAUGAAGGACGGGAACCGGGCAGCCAAUGCCACCCAGUUUGCAGAGAGUUGGAAGGUGGGCGAGAUCCCUGGCUGUGUGGAUGGAUGCAACGGCAAUUUCCCAGUGUGCAAGGAGGCGCAGAAGCGAACCUACGAGGGCGACCAGUACUGCGGGAUCCUCGCCAGGAAGGACGGACCUUUCAAGGAGUGUCACAAGUCUGUUGACCCUGCUCCCUACCUCAACAACUGUAUCGUUGAUGUCUGCCAGUACAAGGGUCACCACAACAUUCUGUGCCACGCUAUCGGUGCCUACGUGACAGCUUGCCAAGCUCAGGGCAUCCAGAUCGGGCAAUGGCGAUCGUCUUCUUUCUGCAGCCUUACCUGCCCACGUAACUCUCACUAUGAGCUCUGCGGGACUGGGUGCCAGACGACCUGCCACGGCCUCUCAGCUCCUGACGGAUGUCGGAUCUCUUGCAAAGAAGGUUGUUACUGCAACGCUGGCUUUGUGCUGAGCGGAGAUGAGUGUGUCCCCAUCGGGGAGUGUGGCUGCCUGCAUCAGGGCAAGUAUUACAAGAAGGGGGCGGCUUUCUUUACCAGCCCCUCCUGCCGGGAGAGAUGCCGCUGCGUAGACAACGGAGCCGUGGAGUGCCAGAUGGUGACCUGCGGGGACGAGGAGGAGUGCGGAGUGCGGAAUGGUGUCCAGGGCUGCCACCCCGUCGGCUGUGGCAAAUGCAGCGUGUCCGGAGGAUCCCAUUACCUGACUUUUGAUAGACGGAUCAUCAGCUUCCCAGGUUCCUGUACUUACAUCUUGGCCAAAGUCUACAGCAGAGAUCCGGACCUUGUACAGUUUUCUGUGGCGGUGGAGAACGAGGGUGCUGACGCCGGCAAAGCGGUGACCAAGGAAGUCAUAGUCACCGUUCAUGGUUACACCAUCAACCUCAAGAAGGGAAUGAACGGGAAGGUUCAGGUGGACGGAGAAACCUUCGCUCUGCCGCUGGUGAUAGGGAGGAGAGCAGUUUGGGUGAAUCAAGAAGGGAAGAAUAUCGUGCUGCAGACUGACUUCGGCCUGAAAGUCCUCUACGAUUCCUCCUCCUACGUCCUGGUGUCUGUUCCCAGAACCUACCGAGGACAUAUGUGCGGCUUGUGUGGCAACUUCAACGGUGACAAGACUGACGAUUUCCUCCUGCCCAAUGAGAAAACCACCCAGAACGUGACUGAAUUUGCGGUGUCCUGGAAGGUUCCUGUCCCGAAUGCUGCUUGUUCAGAUGGCUGCGAGCAGAAUCGCCCCGACUGCGCCUCGAUCAAGACGAGCCCGUACCAGGGGGAGAGCUCCUGUGGCCUGAUCUUAGCUCAGUCGGGUCCUUUCCAAGCCUGCCACCCCUUGGUGACGGCUUCCGACUAUUUUGAUCUCUGCCUGUACAGCAUGUGUGUGGCUGAUGGGGCACAAGAAAUCCUCUGCCAGAGCCUCCAGGCUUACAUGACUGUUUGCCAAGCAGCAGGAGCAAAGAUUGAGGAUUGGAGGACACCUUCCUUCUGUCCUCUCUCCUGCCCAGCCAACAGCCACUAUGAGCUGUGCUCCAAGUCCUGUGAUCUCACCUGUGCCGGACUGUCGGCUGCUCCCUCUUUUUGCACCCAGAAAUGCUUCGAAGGCUGCCGGUGCGACGCCGGCUACAUGUCUGAUGGGGAAACCUGUGCGCCCAUGGAGAGGUGUGGCUGUGUGCAUAAUGGGCGCUACAUCAAGGCUGGAAAAAGCAUCACCUCCAAGGACUGCUCGGAGAAAUGUACCUGUCACGCCCCAGGCCGGCUCACCUGUGCAAAAGUCAGCUGCAAGCCUGGGGAGACCUGCACCCUUAAGAACGGCGUGCAUGGCUGUGUGAAGCAGGAAGCCCAAUGUACGCUCGCUGUAGGAGGCCAGCUCACCUCCUUCGAUGGCGCCUCAGGGGAAAUCCUCUACACUGGGGCCUACGAAGUGGCAUCCCUCUGUAACAGCACAGACCUUGCCUGGUUCCGGGUGAUAGUGGACGUCAAGUCUUGCAGCGACGGGGAGGUGAUGGCUGGUGCGGCCAUCUACGUCUUCUUCCGAGAGACCUUUAUCACCAUCAACAAGAACAAGGAGAUUUGGGUGAACGGACAACCAGCACAGCUCCCGGUGACCAUCUCCAAAGCUGUAUCCAUCUGCCUGUCGCAGGAUGUUGUUACGAUCAGUCAAGGCACAGCUCUUCAGGUACUCUUUGGCCUCAGAGGGGAAGUGACAGUGAAGGCCAAGGCAAGCCUGGACAACAAGCUGUGCGCAUCCUGUGGAAACUUCAAUGGGGACAGUGACGAUGACCUGAGGCUACCCAAUGGGAAAAUUGUGGGGAACAUUGCUGAGGUUAUCAAUGCCUGGAGAGCCAGAGACUUUGGUGGCUGGCUCUAUCGGUGUUCGGGCCCGGCACUGCUGUGGCAGCGGCCAGCAACCGGCGUCCUGCCCUGCAUGCUGGUGCUGGGGCCACAAACGCCGGCAUGCGCUGCCCAGACGCUGGCGCUGUGGGCCUUUGCACCGGCGUAG